AUCCCUGUUGAGUCUAGUGCACCUCCUCUGAUCUUGAUCUUGAUUUGCUCUCUUGCUUUCUUUUCGUUGUCUUAUGAGAGUGACCCAUCUCCUUGUCUUACAGGGUCCAUGUCUUACUUAAGCUUUCCAUGCAGUGGGAGAGCUGGCGGGCAAGAACUAGCCGAAGCCACGAUGCGCGCGCACUUGCGUCUCCAAGCUCCAACUUUUUUGUCCCUCUCCAAUUUCGACCCACCAACUAUCCGUCCUCCACCUGUUCGUCGACGCGCCAUUCCCAAAGUCAACGUCCACAUUUCACCCGCCUCUGUGGACUAUCGCUUGUCUCCCUCGUGGCAUUGACAUGGCGCCGAGGAGGCUCAAAUCUCCAGGGCGCAAUGGUGAUGCUUGCCCACCCCUCCAUCGUGGACCAGGUCCCCUUCAACCAUGACCUCCAUCUGGCCAAACGAGGCGUUUUGGCCGCAUUCAAGCAAACCCAGAUGACACCUGUUUCCAGUUCCAAAUCUUGGUUUGUACUCGACAGGAUGAUCACGUCUACCCUUUGCAUUCGAAAGGGCCGUCAUUGUUUCACGCAACAGCUAAACCAAUCCAGGUCGUCGUGACGAGGGCACCGAAGGAUGCACCCCCGGGCUACCUCCUGUAAAAGGUGGGCCAAGCAACGCCGCCCUUGUGACGUAUUUUCAGGGCACGGCUCAAUCACCUCGCCUCCUGCGGGCGAAUCCUCCCGUGCAAA